AAAAAAUCUUAAGAUACGAGACGAAAAAGUGUAUCAAAUAUAUAUUUAUUUUAUAAUUUGUCUAUUAAUUAAUAAAACUUCUAUCAUGUAUGUAUAUAUAAAAUUACAUCAAUCGUUGAUUCUAUUUGUGUUUUAUUAAAAGCAAAAUAAAACGAUUUUAUUACAUAACAAGAUUGAAUAAAAAAGUUAUCAGUACCUAUUAUCGAAAUACAAUAUUUUCUUAUAUAUUACGAUGGGAACGAUGAAUUUCUAUAGAUCAUUCUUGAACAGCUAUCCUAAUAAUAUUAAAAUGAAAAUGUUCGAUGCAAAUUGAUGAUGCUGAUUAUUAAGCUGCCGCGGUUUUUCUUUUAUAAUGUUUGAUUAGGAACAUUCAUUCUUUCAAAUAGAAAUUGAACGUAUAUAAAUGCUUGUAAAUCGAUAUGUUAAUGUGGCGCAAAGUUCGGCGGAGUCGUUGGGUCAAUGUGACGUCAGCGGAUACGAAGACCCUCGAUGUGCUGAACUGCGACAAUAUUUGCGUUUAAAAUGUUUCUCAGUUGUGCAUAUGCAUAUAAUAUGAUCGUAGUCACUAUAUUGACUUACGACAAUCUUUUCAUUUUUGUAAGAGACAAAAUACGAAUAUUUUUUUAGUAAUAGAUCUUUCUUAUUAUUUCCAUGCUUUGAUAUGCAUUCAUGAAUAAUCAUAAGAUUUUUAGGUUAAUAAAAAAAAAUUAAAAAGAAAUCAAAAAUAGAGAAGAAAAGAAUAAAAGUAAUGAUUGGAUAGGCUGUCUGUUCCUUUCAAUGACCCCUGGACCAUUCUCUGAUUCUUCAGAGUUAAAUACUUCCCUCGGUUGGUUCCAGAAUGGAGAAAAAGAAAAUGAUAACCCCAGAUACUGUGGUGGCAGUGCAAAUGGCUUCUAAUUAAAAAAUCAUUCGAUUUGUAAUCCUUUUUUGUUAGACACGUUGUUUAAAUCAAUUCUGUUGAUGGCGCAAUGUGAUAUUAUAACGGAGGUCUAUUUUAAUUACCGUUAAUUAAAGUGUUCCGGUUAUUAAAAUAUAUUUUCUAUAGUAGUGUAUAUUCAAAACGGUCGAAUAUGCGAAGUGACAAUCAUAAAGAAGAGUUUUAUUGAUCGUAAAGCGAUCGUUUCAUGCCAACACGCUUAGGAACCAUCGUCGUAUUACAAUAGCACAUAUGUAGUUGACAAACAUGGGAGCGGCAUAUUGGGUCGAUGGCAAAAAGAAUAAAAAAAAAAAAAAAAAAAAAAGAAAAAGGAAGGACAUAGAAGCUAGGAAGGAUAUAGCGAGAAAAAGGAUAUAUACUAGUGACUCGACCUUUCUACCUUGUCUACAUGUAUUUCACUCGCUUUAUAUCUAGGUGUGGCUUAUGUAUUCCUUUACCUCUGUGAACUAUUCGCAUUUCCGGUAUAAUCCCCCGUUCGGGAGAGUAACAGUGUUGGACUUGGAAAAUUAACUCCGGGUAAACAAGAGUCUCAAGAGAAUGUCAAGGGAUCGUAGAGUGGUAAAAGUGAAAAAUUUUAAGGAAAACUGUGCUCUACAAAAGACAUCUGUUUGUAAGGGAUGUUUAAUCGAUACGAGCAAUCGAAGAAGGAGAGACUAGGAGGGGAAAUCAUUCUGGACGCUCUUCGCUUUUGCAUAAUUUCAUGGUUCCUGACCUCGCAACCGACCAAGCGAAAAACUAUAACGAUGCUCUGCAACGAGGAACGGGGAACGACCUGCGCGCGGAUUCGGGCGCGGUCAAUGCCGUCUAGAUGCUUGCUAUUACUAUCCGGACCGUCUGAUAUUUUCGUCAUGGCCUACUAAUACACUCCGCAAAUUCUCGCCCUACCACGGGGGUCACUGUUCGAGGAUGACGUGGUCAAGGAAAUAUGCCGAUCAUUUCCGUGAUAGGCGAGAAGAGAAGAAUCUAUCUUCCAUCAUCAGUUUUGAAGAAUCAAAGGUUGUGAAGCGUUGUGAAGUUGGUUCGUGAACAUGUUCUUCAAUGUUUACUUAGAUGGAAGUACGAAUUUUUUAACUUGAAAUGAAGAAAGCAGCAAUAUACUUGCGAUGCGUUUAGCGGGUAACCGGGUACAUAAUGGUCGUGGCUAAAUAUUCAAACAGUUUGGCCUUCCAUAUAUUCAUGACCGUCAUCUUCGUGGAGAAAAAGAAAAGGUAGAUGGAUUUGCAUUUGAAUGAUGGAACGAUUUGUGGGACAAGAAGUUUUUCAAUAUACUGCUUUCCGGUAGUAUACGUGUUGACCAUCGACUCCGGCCACCAUUUUUAGGAAAAUUGCUUUUAACGUGUUUCACGGCGUAAAGGUGCGGUCACGAUUUAUUCAAAAUUACGUUGUCCGUAGUUGGAAAUCAUCCUUCAUUAUGAAAUACCAUUAGCAUAUAGUAUUGAGAACGCAAUGAAAUUAAGUGUUUACGUCAUCUUCUUACUUUUAGGAUUAUGUAGUCUGUAAAAAAACGUACAAAAAAUUAAAAUUUAUAGUACUUUUUUUUUUACUGUCAAAAAAGUAUUAUCUAUAUCUGUAGCGGGUUAUAGAGAUAACGGUUCUAAAGUUAAUUUUUUAUUUCAUAAUGAAAAAUUCGUUUUCCAUUCGCAUCUCAUCUACAACUACCGACAUAGUCCUGACAUGAUGCAAUAUGAACUAUGUGUAUCCAUUUCUCCACGCAUCGAGACAUGAUUAUCUGUUCAACUCAUUAUCGAUAGAAUGCCACUUUCGCCCUAUUUCGUAAGAGCAGGCAUCGUGCAACAUUAGUUUUAAACGCGAUAAAAUUUUUUGAAUUUGGGACGUGAAAAAACACAGGGUCGUUAGGUCGUUCUGCAUCGAUAAGAUAUUACCAACAUGGAAUAUAAGUGCACUGGUUACAUAAAUGAUACAGCUGUUGAACGGGGUGAGAUUUUCAUUCCAACGACAAGUUAUAUUGCACGGAGUAGACGAUGUAAAUCAUUGUUGUAAUGGAUCGAACGUUCCAUUUGAACACGCAUUAUCACGCAAUCGAGAUAAGAAUUUCUGUCGCAAUCAUUCGUGUUCAUGAUACGUAUCGUUGAUAAUUAAGUGAUCAUUAUUACAUUACUUUUACUUGCAACUACUUUUCCGUUUCUUCAAAAUACCACAUAAUAUUUACAACGGGAGUUUAUAAGGUAAAAAAAAGAUACGUAAAUGGCCUGUAAUGCGAAGCGUUAUCAUCCUUGAACUCGGUGACGAAGCAUUCUAUGCUAACGCGUCGUAAAAUACAGCGAUACGAGUGUAUUAACUACUUUACGUUACUUUCUAUGAAUAGCGAGUUAAUUGAAUAGUUACAAUAGUUAUUUAAUGAUGAAUUCGUUAUAUUUCUUGUGAAAUGUAUCGUUCAAUUGCACUCAAUUAUGUACAUCAAUAUAUAUAUAUAAUCAUUAUCUUUCAUUGAUUAAAAUUCAAUUAUAACGAGUAAAUUGUAUUUGUUAAAUAUAAAUAUUAUGUAUCUCCAAUAGAUAAUAAUCCAUAAUUACAACAAAGAAAUUAAUUAACAAUAUACAGUAGCAAUGAACGAAUGCAAUCAUCGUCCCUACUUGUCACCUGCAUCAUUCACGGGGUGCGUUAAGCCGCAUCCCCGCUCCUGCGAUAUCGCGCAAGCCCCACUCCCCACUAUGCUUCCGUCGCUUGGUGGAAUGAACGCACUCAUACGCACAUCGUCUAUCCCCACCAUAUGGCGGCACGAUGGAAACGCGCAUUCGUGACUGGCCGGAGUUCUCGCCAACCUCCGCGCAGCUUAGUUCGCGCCGCUCGUUCCACCAGUUUGGAAGUUCGUUUGUGUCGAGUUGCUUGGCAGUUCGUUUAGUUUCGUGGAUGACGAUCAUUCCGUUGGUGAACGGAGUUACUUUAAUCGCGAUCGUCGUUCCUAAUCGUUUGUUUUCACUUCGUGAAUUUUAAGAGUUUAUUGAGUCCAUUAUUAAAUCCAUUCGUGGUCAGAAUUCGACAAGAAAUUCGACAAGAAACGAGGAAUACGCGUCGACGAAUGAAGUCAGUUCUCGCUUGCAUCCUCUCGCACAUGCGUUGGCGAAAGAGGAAGGAAGUCUACUCUCGUUCGCGUCUCUCCGUUUGUCCCCACUCUUCUCAGUUCAUCAGUUUUUGCUUGGCUUGAAACGCUUUUUUGCAUCUUCCGUCAUUAUAUCCUUCUCCUUUAUAGAUUCGUUUUCAAUCGUGUGCCAUGCUUCCGUCUGACAGUGCGGUUUUCGGGCUUGCGCGACACGAAAGAAUAAUCCUUUCUUCUCCUGUGCGAUUCUCAGUGACAAUCUGCGAAUCUCCUGACAAAUCUAUUUCUUUGAGCCUUCUCGUUAGCAUAAAGGAUGGCGGCGACAAGUCAUCGUGCACUUUAGUCGAGAGUGCGUCACAUCUUAUAUCUGGAAUGGUGCACUGGUCUUCCUCUACGCCCUCUUCGUUUUACUUCCAGUAAAGGAUCGAUCGAAGACCUUGUAAGGAUUUGGUGAAGUCGAUAUCCACGAUGAUAAUCAUAUAUUAUUGGAAAAAUCUUGAACAUUCUGCACAUGGCUGGCAAGGCUUUACCAACGUUCUACCGGUGCACGUGCAGGUUUACACGUAUGAAAUGUCAGAACAACGGGUGGAUUGAUUGUUUAAACAAGCAUUUAAGCGUCUCAAAGGUGUCGCAAAGCCUCGACUAUUUCCUCGAAGGUUGACCAAGGACGCAAGGAUCUGAAUAGAGAAGAGAGAAGAAAGCCUAUACAUAUACAGAGCUUAGUCACAAAAUAACGGAAAUAAAGACUACACAAAGAAAAAUCGAUAGAGGGCGGGCAGGUUUAAAUGACUGCCAUGGUUUUCGGAAGCUGUCGGUAGUUUUUAUUUCGCGUAUUCCGCGACUAAGACAAUUGGAGGGUCGAAAUGUCAGAAAUUCGAUGGGAAUCAACGAAUGUGUGUAAUGUCAGUUAUAAGUGACGUAUUAGCGCUUCCCGCGGCGCGUUCUUCACGCGAAACGAUGCCAAGAGGAUAAAUUAUGCCUCGAAAAGAGAACACGUAAGUGUCCAUUAGCCAGCUUCUAACCUCGACCAGUUUAUUAGCAAGAUUUUCCCUUCUCUUCGCGUCUUUUUCUCUGGAACAAGAAUGAACAAACGUGUUUUCAUUAAAAAAAAAUUAACGGUCCGCUCGUUAACGUGGACAUAUUCUCAGCAAAGCGAAAACAUGGGAGCGAGACAGAAGAAAACGUAUGAACGCUUACUUCAAAACUCUGGCAGACCUUCUGCCGCCGCAUCAGGAGGGUCGCAAACGCAACAAGGUCGACAUCCUGAUUCACGCAUCGAAGUACAUCAAAGACCUCCAUAGCCGUACAGAGGAAUUAUUUUCUGCUCAUGCAUCAGAAGCACAUAAAGAAGAAUUGGCUCGUCUCAAAAAACUUGUAACCCAACUUUUCUCUCGUACACAAUUAUUGUCUACUCUUUUACGAGAAGCUGGUAUAUCUGUUCCAGCAGAGCCGGCUCUUGAAAAGAUAUCUCCUUUAAAAUGGUCGAAUAAAAUUAAUGUAGAAGAUGCAGAAAAAUAUUUCAAUAAAAUAGAAGAAAUAAAAAAUUCUGAAAGCAAAAGGGAAAAAUCUGUAGAACUGAAAGUGCCUUCUAAGAGAAAAUCAGUUACUUCUUCUCAUUCAUCUAACAAAAAAAUUGAAAAUAGCGAUAUUUCUAAGGAUGUGAAUAAUUCCAUAGAGAAUCAAGAGAAUCAAGUAAAUUGUGUAAAUAACAAUGAUGAUAUCUCAGAUGAUUAUCCUGUAUCAGAUAUAUUAGAUACAGGAUCUAAAGCAGCAGAAUGUUGCCAAACAAACACAGGUUCUGAUACAGCAGUUAGUUCUUCAAUAAAUGGGAAGACUAAUAAUGCAUUAGAAAAAGUAGAAUCUCAAAAAAAGAUAAAAAGAAAAACAAAGAGGAAACAGGAGAAAAAAUCACUGACACCGUGUAUAAAUAAUUCCGUAACUAGUCUGACCCCAAAUACCCUUAUAUUAUCUGGUGGUAAGUUAAUGCCUUUGGUAACUCCAAUGACGUCGAAUAUAAUUGUAAAUACUCAGCAACAAGCAGCGAAUCCCAUAAUACUCGGUAAUGGUCAACAGAAUCAAAUGAUCGUGAUGCAAUCUUUGACAAAUCGUGUGCAGAAUCCAGUUGUCUCCAUUUGCAAUCAAGCUGUGAUUAACACAGUUCAAAAGGUUACGCUCAAUACGGUCCCUAGUAUUCGUGCGAAUAUGGUAGUUGAUUCUCAAAAUUGGGCAUCUAAUGUAAAGAAUAUAAUCAAUGCAACAAAGAUCGGCGGUCACAAAGGCAUUCUGCCUAAGGGUAAGGAAGUUACAAAGACAACGAUGACAUAUAAAGUUCCUAUUCCGGCGGUUCACAAGGAAAAAGCAGAAAAAUCUAAAGAAAAUAGUUCUAAGAAAGAUACAGAAAUUAAAUCGAAGAUCAAUAAGAAUCAUAUAAAAAAUUCUAAAAACCAACAAUCUACAGAUACUAUUGAAGACAAAAAUGAUAAAGAAAAAAGUGUUAAAACCAUUGAAGACACAAAUUUUGCACAAAAAGUUGUACUUAAACGACCUGCAAGUACAGAAACAGGAUCUAUAGAUGAACCUGUUGAUAAAAAACGAAAAAGAAAUGAAAAUAAUGAACAAAGUCCAGUGAUUCUGAAUUCAGUACCUGUAUCAAAAUCAGAUUUUACUGUAACCUGUAAAUCUAUCGAAAGUUUAAAGCAUGUGAUAGAAAAGAUAGGAGAGGACACAAAUGAAGAACAAGAUAAAAUGCAUUCUUUGAUUCAAUCGGAAGAAAAUAGAGAAACGAAUAUACAAUGUUCUGUUUUACUAAAUACUACUAAUACUAAUCAAGAGGAUAUUUCUAACUCUUCAAAACCAAUAGAUGUCAUGACAUCGAAUAAUAUUCAAUGUGAAACAAAAGAAAGUCAAAACGCGUCAGAUGCAACAUCAUCUAUUACUUUUUCAGAAGAACAAGUAAAAUCUUCUAAUGAAAAUAUUUCAGAUUCUUCUGAUACUAAUUUCAACAUAUCUGUUGACAAUACUUUAGAAAAAUCGAGUAGUUGCAUAGAUCAUUCUAAUUCUAAUUCUAAAUCAUCUUUAACAGAAGGAGAAGAGAUUGAAAAUUCUGUAGAAUCUAAAAAAAUAAAGGAAGUUUGUAAUCUUGAUACAGAAUUCGACAAUCUUUUACAGAAUUCAGUGACAUCAAAAGAGCCAGAAGUUGUUGAAGGGACAAGUAACUUAGAAAAUAAUAAGAUUAUUCUAAAUUUAGAUACAAAUACUACAACAACUUUAAAACCAGAAACAAAUACUGUAAUUCAAAAUUCAGAUAUCACAACAGCUUCAUCGUCAUUACUUCCAGUUAACAUAGAAGAUGAAUCUAAAUUAGCAAAGGCAUCAAAGGAGGAAGUAUCAAAAACGUCACUCUCAUAUAAUACAGAAAAUUCUUUUGUACCAAUUAGCAGCAGAGCUGAUGGUCUUCAUUCUGAUCUUUCAAAUGAUAUAUUUGCAUCUCUUCAAGUUCCUUCUAGUUCACAUAAUCCAGAAUCUAUAUCUCCUACAGCAGCAUUCUUAAUGGCUUUUCCAUUAGUAUCUUCACUAAAUGGUAAGACAGAAGUUUUGGAGGAAGAAAUGAAAGAAGAUUUUAAAUACCAUAGUCAAACUCCACCCAUGCUUCUACAGAUUGGAGCAAUGGAACCUAAUAGUUUCAAGUUCAAAACAGCAUCUCCACCUCAUUCUAUCGCUGAAAAACGUUUAAAAAUGACGUGUGAGGAAAAAAAAGCGAUAAAUACUUCUGUAAACGAAACAGUAACCUCAAAUAUGAUGGUCUCUGCAGAAUGUACUACAGUCACGAAAGUAUUGCCCAAAAUUAUAAACGACGAACAUCUCAAAGAACCUUAUAAGAUUGUUCAAGGUGUGUUGGCACCAUCUUUGGAAAAAUCUGCAUCUUCUAGCUCUUACUCGCAUACGACUUUAUAUUCCAUUUCAAAUGCUUCAGGUACUACUUCAAUCACUAGUACUUCAGAAAUGGGAGAAAAUUGUCAGAAUCAACUUCCAACAAAUCUAAGAAAUGCAAUUACAAAUACUACUAACGAAAAUAUUGCUGCUUCUCAAAUUACAGAUACAGUCUCAAUUUCAAAUAAGACAGAUUCAAAUUGUUCUGUACAAACUUCAACUUGUGACACUAAUGUUCGAUAUAGUACUUCACAGGACUUUUUAUCGAGUUACUCAACAAUCGUCGAGAAUAAUAUCACCAAUCUGCAACAGAAUCCAAAUGUUUGUACUAGUUCAGCAAUUCAAGAAACAAAUUCAUCUGGAUUAAAUCAAAAUAUCGUUCCUGAUGUAACUCAAGCAUCUUUGGUUUCUCAUUUGACUAAUACCAAUACAACUACAAAUACUACAUCAUUACCAUUACAGAAUAUGCAAAUAGAUUAUACUCAGAUGAAAGAUAAAGAAUCUCAUAAUUCUCGUCAGACUUACGGGAUUCACAACAAGGAUUCUUUAAUGGAAUCUAAUAUUGCUCCUAAUAAUCGUCUGAAUUAUACUGGCCAUAUGGAUAGAGUUCUUCCCACUUCUCAAAAUAUUCAGCAGGAAUACCCAAUGCAAUCUAAAGAUGGAACUCUACCAAUUCUCUCUUCUCAAGGCAUGCAAACUGUCUAUGAGUCACAACCCAAAGAUAAUCAUGUUCUAACUACUCAACAGAAUGCUCACCAAAGUUUCGCUAUUAAUGAGAAAGAUCAUAUUAUUCAGAAUACUCAUAGUGAUUAUACUGUGGAUCAAAAUAAAAAUCUGUCUCGAAAGGAUUCAUAUUCAACAACCAAUAAUAACACAAAUACAUCUAACAGGAAUCAGAAUUAUCCUUCAAAAGAUUUAAUUUCAAAUUCUGAAAAUCAUUAUCAACGUAGUUAUUCAAAGAUAAAUAAAGAAUCUGAUUCUUCAAAUAACAAUAUUGUGGAUCAAGAUUCAAAGUUAAAUAAUAUUUUGAGAUCAAAAACUCAAGAACCACAAGAUCAUAGACGUGAUAAUAAUUAUAAUUCUGCAAAGAAAAUGGAUGUUGAUCCAUUCGUUCAAACGUUUUCCUAUAAUGUAAAAGAAUCCAUGACUAAUCAAGAACAAAAUGUUCUAAAUCAAAAUACUGAUAAUAUUUAUCAAAAUAAAAGAGAAGAAACACAAAAUUAUCCUACUUAUUCUAACAAAGAUACAAAGAAAAUCAAUACUAGUUCUUCCAAUAAUAUGAAUAAUAAAUCUCUCGUUCAGAAUACUCCUGCUACGCGUUAUUCACAACCAACAUCUUUUGUGGCUACAUCCAACUAUGAGCAAAGUACGGUUACUGAAAAUCAUGCGAAAUCGACGACUACUGUUGCUCAUAAUUCUUCAAAUUUCAGUAUUUUAUCUUGGACAACUUUUUCCCCUGUUGGUGGAGGAAACAACAAUAAUUUAGUACAAUUUGAGCAGGGAUCGAGCCAGACAGAUAAUACUGAAGCAAAAACAAUAUGUGAAAAUUAUAAUUAUGUUCCCCUUCAUAAAGAAAAUACAAAUUUUUCCAAUGUAUUGACCAAUGACGUUUAUUCGGUGAAUUCCACUAUGGCUAAUAUAGACAAAUCAAGAAUGAAAUCGGGAAUGGAAGCACAGAAACAAUCUUUCGUGGAUUCUUCUAAAACUAGAAAUAUUCAAACUAAUAUUCCUCCAUCUGGUAAACAGACUCGUAUGCAAAAUCAGUCUUCUUCCAAUAAUGAUUAUAACAAAUAUAGUACAGAAAAUAAAAACAAAUCUAAAUAUGGAAUGGAAUCUGAGUAUAUUCAAAAUGAAUAUUCAAAUGUAGAACAGCAGCAGUCACAACAGCAUGCACAAAAAAGUCAUCAAUCUAUGACAACAAAACAGGACAAAGCAAUUUAUCCAAUGUCUAAUUAUGAUUCUCAAGUAAACUUUGAUUUACCUGAAGUUAGUUCUCAAAUGAAGUAUCCUGUUGAAACUUAUGCAAGCGCGAAUUUUAAAUAUUCAGAUAAAUCUCAACAACAAAAUCAAAAUAAGUACCAACCUCUAAUCCAAGGACAAAUUUCUUCUCUUCAACAUGAUAAUGUUACUUAUAACAAUGAUGGGAAGCAUAGUCAACAACAGAAUACAAAAUCAAAAGGAAAUCAACAACAACAUGCAAUUAGAGCACCUGUAAAUUGGAUGAUGACUCCAGAGAUAAAACAUAAUGCCAAUAUUACCGACAUUAUUUUACCACCUAUUGGAAAGGAAUUAGAUUUCUGCCAAAAUAAUCUAUUUACUCAAACGCCAUCUUACAAUCAGGGGACACCAAAUCAAUUUUAUAACAAUUAUGAUGUUGCAGCUCAUAGUUUUCCAAAUUUACCGGUUCUACAAAGUGAACCAAAAAGGACUUCAGAAGUAUUCUAUUCUGAGGAACAACCAUUUCCUUGGUCUCCUACAAAAUCAAGUGUGCAUGUUGAGCAGACUCAAUCAGUCAAGACUAUAGAUCAGCACAUUGUUCCUUCAAGUCUUCCAACUUUGGUCGGCGAUCUUGAUUUAGGUACUAAUAUAUCCGAGAAACAAAACUUUUUAUUUGGUCAAGUAACUUCGAGAAUUUCAUCUGAUCAAAAUAAAGAUCCUACCAAAGAUAAAGAUGGAAAUGUUACAGGACGUGAUUAUCAUACUGUGUUGAAUAAUCAAGCUGUUCAACAUCCAGUAGCAGGAUCUUCUUUUCUUUCUGUGAGUCAAUUGGUAGAACAUGAAAAAGCCGAGAAAUCACAUCAACAGCAUCAUCAACAGCAUCAUCACCAUCAUCAUCAUCAUCAUCAUCAUCAUACUCAUCAGCAGCAACAGCAGCAACAACAACAGCAACAACAACAGGCUAGAAAACACCAGAGAAAAAGUAAUACAAGUCCUAGAGGUAAUAGUAAAAGACAGAUGGAUAUUCGAAAACAAACAUCUGGUAAUGAUCAAAUGCAUCAAAGACACGAGGAACAAAAAUCGUCUGGACAUACUUUUUCUGAACAAGGAUAUCAACAACAACAACAACAACAACAACAACAACAACAACAACAACAACAACAAAAAUACCAACAAAAUAAUGUUCAUUGGAGAAGCAGAAAUUGUAAAAGCAAUUACACUGCUGAGGCAUUGAUAGGAACUAAUAAUAGUGUGCAUGAUACAAAUCAAGAUAAACAUGCUUCGAUCAAAUUUACGAAUUAUUCGCAGAAUAAAUUCCAAACAAAUCUACCUACUGCGGAUGCGGUUAUGCCUCUUAAUUAUUUUUCAAAUACAGACGACGGUAGUGGUUACGGACAAAUGGUGAAUCAGAACUUCAAUUCAUAUACAUAUUCUUCUAAUACUAAUAUUUAUCCUACUUCGAAUUUUAUAACCAGCAUAUCAAAUACACCUACCAGUUACAUGAUGCCAUUACACGAUAAUACUGACUAUAUGGAAGCAAAUGCUUUCCUUCUAUCAAAUGUGACCAUUGCCUCGACAGUUACCACUUCAUCAACUUCUACUGUGACCACCUCGACUUCAAAUGUGAAUACGAACUCGAAGAAUCAUCAACACUAUGGAAAGCAUCAAAAUUGCGAUAAAAGAUACCCUACGAAUGCAAAGAAAGGAAAAAGAAAAGGUCUCGAUGGAACUAUGCAGAAUUUAGAAUUUCCUCUCUCUGGUAUCAAUUCACCCUUAGAAGAUUAUCAUCACUCUACUACAUUCUUACCACCACCACCACCACCACAUGCUAGCCCUCUUUAUCAGAAUCACUCACAGGCAAAUGUAUAUACUAAAGCAGUAAAUGGUUUACCGCCUCCUCCGUCGGUAUCUGGUCCCCAGGGUGUACCUACGGCUGGUUUUCCAAUGAAUCCAAACAUGCCAAGGGGAGGAAUUGUGGCAAGCAAUCACAUGACUAUGAGCCAUCAUCCUUCUGGUACAAGUCUUACUAACUUCAAUUUGAGUACCAUUUUUCCAGAAAUGAAUGACAAAAUUACUGGAUACAAACCACCAAAUGGUAUACCAUCUGGUUUAUCACAGCCACCUAAUCAAUCUGCAGCUUAUGCACAAAGAACUAACUAUCCAACAAAUCCUCUCUGUCAUCUGCCACAGGUAUCAGAAGGAAGUCAAUUUGGUAAUAGUGUUCCUCCUCCUCCUCCUCCUCCACCUCCUCCUGGUGUAAUACAUUACAAGAAUGUACAAUAAUGUAAGUAUGAAUGAAGAACCAAUUGAUAGUUGUAAAUAUGUAAAUAAUCAUGUAAUUAAUUAAAUUAAAAAAAAUUGAUAUAUA